AGAGCUCUGGUGAAGAAUGAGUCGGAAAGAGAAACACUACAGGACAGCAGCAUCAAGCGAAGACGGUACCGUGUGCGGCUGACACUGCACCGAUGAAAACAAGACACACACAAUUAAGGAUUGUCCGCCUGUUUUUAUUUUAAUUUGGUCAAUGUCUGGUUUAGCCAAUUAUAUUGCCCCGACAACGCGUUUACAUUUUGUCAGUAUUUGCACGAUUGCAGUGGAUAUUUCAUUUGGAAGAUUCGACCUGCUUGUUUUUGGAUUCUGAAUGGAAGCUGCAGCAGAGGGAGCGGCGAGCCUGUCGGUAGCGGCGGAAGGGAGUCCGUUAACCGGGGCUGUGGCGUCUGAUGAGACCGAGACUGUCAUCGGUGUCAGCUACGGAAUGGACGCCGGAGAUAUAGAGUCCGCUGCGAAGAAGGCCUUCGUGACGGAGAUGGCCUCCUCCUCUGGACUGCCCGGCUUGGGCCCCGCUAAGAAGAUCGGCCACAGGGGAGUGGACGCGUCCGGGGAGACCACUUAUAAGAAGACCACGUCCUCGGCCCUCAAAGGCGCCAUUCAGCUGGGCAUCGGCUACACCGUGGGCAACCUGAGCUCCAAGCCCGAGAGGGACGUGCUGAUGCAGGACUUCUACGUGGUGGAGAGCAUCUUCUUCCCCAGCGAAGGCAGCAAUCUGACUCCGGCCCACCACUUCCCGGACUUCCGCUUCAAGACGUACGCCCCCGUGGCGUUCCGUUACUUCCGGGAGCUCUUCGGCAUCCGGCCCGACGACUAUCUGUAUUCCCUCUGCAACGAGCCCCUGAUUGAGCUGUCCAAUCCGGGGGCCAGCGGCUCCGUCUUCUACGUCACCAGGGACGACGAGUUCAUCAUCAAGACCGUCAUGCACAAGGAAGCAGAAUUCCUGCAGAAGCUGCUGCCUGGAUACUACAUGAACCUGAACCAGAACCCCCGCACCCUGCUCCCCAAGUUCUUCGGGCUGUACUGCGUCCAGUCGGGGGGCAAGAACAUCCGCGUGGUGGUGAUGAACAACAUCCUGCCGCGCGUGGUGCGCAUGCACCUCAAGUACGACCUGAAGGGCUCCACCUACAAGCGCCGCGCCUCCAGGAAGGAGCGGGAGAAGGCCAAGCCCACCUUCAAGGACCUGGACUUCAUGCAGGACCUGCAGGACGGCCUGAUGCUGGACACCGACACCCACAGCGCCCUGGUCAAGACCCUGCAGAGGGACUGCCUGGUUCUGGAGAGCUUCAAGAUCAUGGACUACAGCCUGCUGCUGGGGGUGCACAACCUGGACCAGGCGGAGCGGGACAGGCAGACCGAGGGCUCGCCGGGCUCCAGCGACGAGAAGAGGCCCGUGGCCCAGAAGGCCCUGUACUCCACCGCCAUGGAGUCCAUCCAGGGGGCCGCGGCCUGCGGCGAGUCCAUCGACACCGACGACACAAUGGGCGGCAUCCCUGCAGUCAACAGCAAAGGGGAGCGUCUCUUGCUCUACAUCGGAAUCAUCGACAUCCUGCAGUCCUACAGGCUAAUAAAGAAACUGGAGCACACAUGGAAGGCUCUUGUUCAUGAUGGAGACACGGUGUCCGUCCAUCGGCCCUCUUUCUAUGCAGACAGGUUCUUCAAAUUCAUGAGCAGCACCGUCUUCAGGAAGAACUCUUCUUUGAAGUCCUCCCCCUCUAAGAAAGGCCGAGUGGCGCUGACCGUGCCCAAAUACUCGGGUCCCGGGGCAGCCUGGUCGGCCUGCCAGCUGCCCUGCGACCGCGACGACAACAUCUUCGACCUGCGAGGGGCGCGCAGCUUCCCCACUCUGGAGGACGAGGGUCGGCCAGACCUCCUUCCCUGCACCCCUCCAUCUUUCGAGGAGGCCACCACAGCGUCCAUUGCCACCACGCUGUCCUCCACCACCUCUCUCUCCAUUCCAGAGCGCUCCCCUUCAGACACCUCUGAGCACCCUCGCUACAGGAGGCACACCCAGUCUCUAGGACAUGAGGGAAGCAGGACGCAUGUGCAGGAGGAGGAGCAGCAGACCAUCACAGUGGAGGUGGAGGUGAAGAGACACGACAGCGAGCCCUGCAUGGCUGCUCCCCAGCCCUCUCCAGAGCCCAGCGAGGUUCCUGAGGCGGCAGUAGCGUCCUCCGCCACCCCACCGCCCAGCCCCAAGGUGGUGGUGGAGCCCGACACGAGCAGCCAGCUGUCCGGCUGCGCCAGCCAAGCCUCCGUGGAAGAAGGGGAGGACGUGCCAAUCACAGACAUCUACUUUCAGCCUCCCGAGGACAGGAGCUGGGUGUACUCUCCGCUGCACUAUGGCACAGACUCUCAGCCCGUGUCAGACGGGGAGAGCGAGACAUAAACUUGGCGGCUGAAGGAAUCGAGGCGGGGCGGCUUCUCCGGAUUGGAGCCCAUCGACACUGGGCAACGCCCAUCACCAGCCCUCCCACGCGGCCAGGGGACGCGAUUCUGCCCAGCCUCUCUUUCUCAAAGAAACAAAACAAGAGGAACCUAAAAGGGACAAAACAAUGGGACUAAAUCCCCAGACUACCCGCGGACUCUUCCUGACGGCGCUCGGCAGCGCCCCCUGUCACUCCAGCCGAUAUUGCACACACUAGGACAAGGCGAACUCCAAACCGCUGUAGUCUUGCAUGCCCCAUCAGUAAGUUCUAGUGUGGUUUCCCUCUGUUUGCCCCGCCCCUUUUUAGAACACAGAAGGGUUCAGCCUGUCACAUUCUAGAUCCAGCCCUUAAUAUCAGCUAAAACAGUUCAACUUUUUACAGUUACAGUUCUGUUUAUUUAUAUAUCAUGCUUAUGCAUACUAUUGUUUUUUUUUUUUAAUCAUGAAUUACAUUUUUUUUUAUUUGUGCACUUUUCAAACGAUUUUAAAACUGUGAACAUAUUUUAAAUGUCUCUUGUAUGUUAAAUGUAGGGGAACACUACUGUUGGUCAGAGGGGUUUUUAACAGCUUCUGGUGUUCUGGUUGGGUUGUGCUUGUCUGCUUGGGUUUCUGUGAUUUCUACUGGAUCUGCUGCUCUCCACAGCUGGGGAACAUCCAAUCUGCAUCUCACAAAUCCUCCCCAUUUCAUUUGUUAUUUUCAGCUAAUAUUUAUUUAAAUCAAGGGGAAAUGAAGUCUCUUUCUGUGGUUUUACUGUUUUGUGAGACAUUCAGUUUGACUCCUGCAAGUACUGAUGACUUCACUAUAUCGCUUGUACUUAUUAGACGAUUUCUGUCAUUUAAAACCCACUUUUGAUCAUUUUCUUCACGGCUCUUGUGACAAUACAAUUAAAUGCUUGUAGGGUUCUUGUUUGUCUGUUGAUGCAAAUGAACCAAAUGGUCAAAUUAGAAGUUUUUAUUUCAAGGCUAACAGUGUCGGGACUUAGUCUCAGUGUCUUGAAGUUAUUUGACAAGGAGGAUGUCUUCCAGGCAAGGCCUAACAUUUGAGAAACCCAGCUGUCACUCAAAGCUGUGCUUUGGGAAAUUACAGGUGAGCUGCAGAAUCUGGCAAACUGCAGGCAUUACCCAAAAACACAGUCUGACUCAUAGAGCCUAAUUAUGCCAUCCCUUUACCGUAGGUUAGUCUUUCCUGUAGUCACAGAGAUGGCAUUUCCAUCAUGAUUCUAUGGGUUUUAUAUGAGAGCUCUCCUUUUAAGUUAGGGGGGGUGAUAUCCCUUCAGUGUCCUCAGUUUGGUUAUUUUAUUUUACUCUGCUGUCUGCGUGUGCGUCUGUGUGUUUCGUGUGUGUGCGUGCAGUCGUGCAUGUGUGUAUGUGUCUGUGCGUCUAUGUGUGUUGUGUGUGUCUGUGUCUGUGUCUGUGUCUGUGUCUGUGUGUGUGCGUGCGUGCAUGCGCAUGUGUCUGUGUGUACAUUUGCAUUGGAUAAAGUUGCCUGUCCAGCCCUUCAUAAGUAUGUGUUGGUGCCCAGGCUGAAGAGAGAUAAUUUGAUCUGGGUUGACAGCACUCCAGGACUAGACUGAGGUUGAGUGACAGCUUGUAGAUGGCAAAAGAAAUCCACAGAACUCCAUACCUUGCGUUGUUUGUAAUGGACAGCUCCCAAUUUUUUUUCUUUUUCUUUUUAAAAAUAGUCUUUUUUUUUUCUUUUUUUUUUACAUUUUUGCAUUUUCAUUUUUGUUUUUCAUUUGUUUGGUUUUUCAGGUUGCCUUUUUUGUUUUCCAUUUGUUUGGUUUUUCAGGUUGCCUUUUAAACAUUGGGUCAGCAUCUUCACAUUUGCUUUAUGUCUUCUGUUUGUGUCCAUUUUAUUUCCACCUGUGUGUGUUUGUGCAAACACUUAAAUAUUUGAUUUUGUUCCCCUUUUUCCUGUGUCAUGCAACUGAAAUGUGUUGGCAUUCAUGUCUACUGUGUACUCACCUUUUAAUUAUUUAUGUUUUCUGGGGAGAUUGAGAUUUAUAUAUAAAAUACUGUUCAUUGUUAUGAUGUGCAGUGGCCAGUUAAUCAGUUGCUGUUGCCAAUGACAACAAAGUGAGUGUAACAGCAAUAUAUUUAUAAAUUGUUGCUAUUUAGUAUUUGAUUGCCUUAUUGAGAAAUGGGGGGGGGACCUCAUUAGACCUUUUUUUUAGAGAUAUUCUUUUUUCUUUCCAAGUAAUAUUUCAAUCAUUGUUCCUGGGGAUGUGUAUAUAAGAAUAUAAAUAUAUAUAUAAAAAUAUAUAUUUUCCAUUUUAACUGGAGAAUAUUAUUUUGUAUUUUAUUUAAUCUUUUGCUGGCUGCUAGGAAGACUUGAUUAAGAUCCACAGCAGAUUUACUGUACCAUGUACUUCAUUACGAUAGUGAAAUGCAGCUGUAUUUAUUGUGUUAAAUCAGAGCUGUUUCUUUGGAAAAGUUGCCUGACUCUAAAGUUGUCAGAGAGUUGUACUGUACAUGCAAUGUUCUCUAUAGCGGGGCGUCCCUACACUUAGCCGUAUCUGUGUGUACAUGUGUGUGUGUGCGCGUGUUCCAAGCGCUGUGUACCCUCUCUUGGCGAGAGUCUUUUUUCAUAAAGGCAUAGCAUGUUUUUAAUAUAAAUAAUGCAUAUCAGAAAUACUUAACUAUACAUAUAUAUCUGUAUAUAUAUAUCCAUCUAUUUCCACAUAAAGGUAAAUAGAUGGCUGUAAUCGUGUGUCUGGACUGAACGCAUACAGAAUAAAACAGUUCCUUGUCUAUGAAAUAUUGUAUUUGCUCAUGUUUCCGAAGCAACAUGCGUCUUUCUGUAUUGCUUAAUCUCUGUAACUGUAAUGUGCAAGCGGGGAAUGCUGUCUGUGUGUCUCUCUUGUGCUAGUGUUCCGCCUAUGAGGUGAGAAAACAUUUCCAUUGUCAAGUGCAGGGUUUUUCUUACCGCUGUGUUUGUUUGUUUGUUUGUUUGUUUGUUUGUUUUUGACCAGAUCCUACAAUUGAUUCGCUCUCUAUCAACCUUGCACACUGGUUGGUUACCUUUUACAGGUGCUUUUACAAACUGCUCAGCACAUUAUAUAGAUUAGGAACUUUCCAUGGUGUGGUUAGCCUGUCAGCUAAAGGCACUGCACUCGAAUGAAAUCGGUGUGCAGCAGUAGUGAAUGAACAAUCAUAAGCAACUUUAAGUUAAUUGUGCAAAGCUUGCAGACUAGAGACAAAACAUUUGAAGCAAUACUAAUGAAUGGGGGAAAAGUUGGUAUCUGUAGAGAUGAGGUAACUUUUUAUACACAGAAGACAUAAACGCAAGUGAAUGCCUCAGCAUACAGAAAUGUGUGCACUUCAGUACAGAAAUGCAUCAGGGUCCAGGACAACUGAUCAGUAGUUUGGACCAAAUUGGAUUGUGUAAAUUGGGAUCACAACUAGAGAAGUUUAGACACCCUUGUAGUGUAUGUUAGAAUAUUAAACAAAAAUAUAGGGAAUGUGUCAUAUCCACUUUUAUUAGAAUAUCAUAUAAUGUCAUUGAUACAUCCACCUUUAUGCAAAUAUAUUGUACAAUGACAUGGUUAAAUACAUUCUACAAUAUAUGUAUAUUACAUUUAAACUUCUGAUGUGACAUUUUCCUUAUGUUCCUUAUAUUUUUAUUUAAUAUUUUACCAUCUAGAUCUUUUUCACAGACAUCUUUGAAAAGCUGUUGUGACUUACACAGUUACCUGCCCAUAUUGUGGCUAAAUGUAUUACGGGACUUUAUUUUUUAAACACUUAUAUUUUUCUUUAUUUGUUGGUCUCAUUCAGAUUAAGUAGACUAGGCUAGUAUUUUAUUUUUAUGCUAAACUGCCAGUGACAGAAACUGCUCUGAUUUUUAUUUUUUAUUUGCUCUUCAUUUUCUUUUCAGCUGUUUUUCUCUGUACAAAUUGUGUGGCACCAGCUUACAAAUUGGAUUUCAAACAAGUACAAGUAUAAGUGAGGUUACUGUAUUAAAAUAUCUUUGAAAACUGUAAAAUAACCCAUAAUCUAUGUUGACUGGACAGAACUGUUGGGCGCAAUGAGAAAAAAGAUGCAAAUUUCAGACUUAUCUCAGAAUAAAGUAUGUUCAAUGUACAUGCAAACAAAAGUUAAUUGAGGGAAAGUGAAUAAAAUAAUUUAUGGAA